AUACCCACAGAGCACAAUCCUGCUGACAUUGCUUCUAGAUCCAUCCAUGCAUCUCAACUCGUGAAAUCUAACUGGUUUACAGGUCCGGCAUUCCUGCAUAAGCCACAUGGAGAUGACUUCAUUAUGACAGAUAACUUUGCGCUUGUGGACCCAGAUUCAGAUACAGAAAUCAGGCCAAUGGUGACAGCUUGCAUCUCAGAAAUGAAGGAUAAACAACUCACCUCUGACAGGUUUCAGAGAUUCUCCUAUUGGAAAUCCUUACAAAGAGCCAUUGCAUCGCUCAUCCAUGUAGCUUGCUCUUCUAGAUCCACCAAUGAAUCCGAUACAUGCAGCGGUUGGCAUCUUUGUUCAAAAGCACACAAUGUAAGUGAGCUGUUAAGAGCCAAGAAUGUGAUAAUCCGCUCUGUGCAAAAGGAAUCAUUCGGUAAGGAGAUUAAAACACUCUCUAUGGGAGGAAACAUAAGCAGCAAAGUUCCACUCUCAAAACUGAAUCCUUUCUUAGAUGAGGACGGCCUACUCAGAGUCGGAGGCAGAUUAAAACUGGCAGAUUUAAGCUACCCAGAAAAAAACCCAGUCAUAUUACCUGGCAAGCAUCACGUUUCUGCAUUACUCAUAAGGCACUACCAUGAAUGCGUCGAGCACCAAGGCCGCAUAUUUACAGAGGGGGCCAUUCGUGCUGCUGGAUUAUGGCUUAUUGGAGGCAAGAGAUGCAUAAGCAGUAUUCUUCAUGCAUGUGUAACCUGUCGUAAACUUCGUGGUAAACUAGAAAUGCAGAAAAUGUCAGACUUGCCACCAGAACGACUAAGUGUGUCACCACCGUUUACUUACACUGUAUUAGAUGUCUUUGGCCCUUGGACAGUGGUAGCUCGCAGCGCAAGAGGAGGUCAAGCUCACAGUAAAUGCUGGGCGGUGCUUUUCACCUGCAUGAGCACCCGUGCAGUUCACAUUGAAGUCAUUAUGUCUAUGGACUCUUCGAGUUGUAUCAAUGCACUUCGCAGGUUUUUCGCGAUCCGUGGCCCUGCAAAACAACUGCACUCUGAUUGUGGAACUAAUUUCAUUGGCGCUUGCAACAAGCUUGAAUUCCACAAAGUGAUUAAGGAAACAAAGGUGCAAAGAUACAACAAUAACGAAGGAUGCACAUGGGUUUUCAACCCACCACACUCCUCCCAUAUGGGAGGCGUAUGGGAGCGGAUGAUUGGUCUGGCUCGUAGAAUUCUUGACUCAAUGCUGAUGCGGGAAGGACACUCUAACCUCUCUGAUGAAGUGCUUUGUACACUUAUGGCAGAAGUGACAGCCAUUAUUAACAGUAGACCUCUAGUACCUGUUUCUAUGGAUGCAGACUCACCCUUGAUACUUACCCCUGCAAUGCUCUUAACACAAAAAGCAGGUUCUCCACCUCCAGCAGGAAACUUCUCCGAAAAGGACAUCUACAAACGCCAAUGGCGGCAAGUACAGAGCCUAGCCAACCAAUUCUGGUGUCGCUGGAAACAGGAAUAUCUGCAAACACUGCAAGUUCGUCACAAAUGGCAGGAUCCAUACCCAAACAUCCAGGGGGGUGACAUAGUACUACUUAAGGACAAUAAAGUAGCCCGAAAUGAAUGGCCUAUGGCACUUGUCACAAGUGUUUUCCCUGGUCAAGAUGGAAAGGUUUGAAAAGUUGAACUUAAAGUGACUAAAGAAGGGUCCAGCAAAACUUUCUUGAGGCCUGUAUCUGAAGUCAUUCUCCUGCUUAGAAAAUAAGAAAACUCCUUUAAACAGAUGGUUAUAGAUGACAUCUUUAUAGAUGUCAGGCGGGGAGUGUUAUGUUAAUUGGAUUAAGCGUUUUAGGUUUUUACUUGGGACUCUAAUUUUGAAAAAUUACCUGACUAAGCAAGGGAGCAGCCAUUUUAGUUUCAGUUUGCUCAGCUCUCUCAAGCAUUAAGCUUCAUGUGACUGCUGCUCCAGUUUUUCUUUAAUGUUUAUGACUUCGAAAGCAUUGUCAUGUACUAACACGGCAACCUCCACCACCCCACCACCACCAGUUGAGUCCUGUCCAGCAUGGGAGUAGGCACCUCGCCCCCUGCCUCCUGUCUCCGGCAGGAUAUGAUGGUUCCGAGUACAACUUCUUUCGACUGCCAGACGGGGCUUACACCAAAA